AUGUUGGGGAAAACAUUUUAUCUCCUUUCCGUCUUCAGUUGUUACAGUUUCCUCGACGUCAUCAAGGCGGUCCUCUUUCUCCUCGCCAAUCCAAAUUUUGACAGUGCCAAUAACUCAUUCGGUUACUUAUCCGCAGAGUAUAGGGACAGUUUCGAAGAGGUGUGCAGGCAAUUUCUUGCCGGAUUUCCCAUCAAGGGUGAGGUCUACCCGGCGAACGAGAAGUGGUGCGAGUGGGCCCGUGCAAACAACUGCUUUCCGGUGCCUAAGCGGAAUCAGAGUGGAGAAGAAUCGCAACCUCCCUCUCAGUCGACUCCGGAUAUCACACCUUCCGAUGGCCCAGCCACACCCCUGGCGGAACAGUUGAAGGCCAAAGUCGGAGCCAAGUUGUCAGAUCCGGAUGUGCCAUCUGACCGCACGAGUUUUUCCACGCCUUCCACUUAUGUCCCCUCUGUGGCCAAUGUACGCUACUCACUCGGCACCUACUCCGAUCAAUUCGGUUCCAUCUACACACUUGGUCGCAAUAACUACCUACAAACCGUGCGCAUCCUUCUGCAUCAACAGGGAAACCGUGGUCCCCGUAUUUUCUAUUUUAGCGACUUCCUGGGUUGUUCAUCGUGUCAGAAAAGCAGCGAACCCGUUUAUUUUUGCAAUCAGAGUGACCUAGAAACGCAUGCAAAGGCCAGCUCCUUCAUCCCCUGGGCCUCAGGUUACCGCAACUUUUGUGGGGGUGAACGAUCUUCAAGCUACAGUCGUUCGCCAUCUGUCAGCUGUAUAUCUGCCCUCUUCCGUAUAAAUGACGUUGCCCCAAACCCGCCCGAACUGUUCCCCGACUGUGGCGACUAUGUGCUCUGCGCACUGUUCGCUGAGCCGCGCUCGAAGGCGAAACAAAUGGAAGACGACCCAUUAGAUGGAUCAUUGACUUUGGAGGACUUUUUUAAUCUGAAAUGUGAAAUUGAUUGUGCAUGUCCAAUAGAUGGCCAUCAGUUGGUUGUCGAAGAAGGGGAAAGUGGUGAAGAGGAGAUGGAGGAGGAUGAAUCCAUCUCUGAUGGGUCGCUUUCGAGUUGCAGCAGCGGACAAAAUAACGACGGAUUUGGAGAACCGAGAGAAGAGAAGGAGGACAAGAACGACGACGAGGAGGAGAAUAAUUACACAGAGCGUGCGGACGCGAGCGAAGGCAGAAGAGCAUCGGAAGACUCGUUGAAUUCCCUCUACGCCAGGCCAGAGGAUGUCAAUAAUGCGUUAAUUCGCCAUUGUAGUGAGUGCCCUUGGAGUUACAUUGAAGCAGCUGAGACCAUGCAGGAGCUCACACCAAGCGAGUGGAUCUUCUUUCAAACGAGGUGGCCGCCAGUCCUGGCUCCACAGGAAGUGAUAGACUUGGAGAAGAAUUACCCAGCUCGAAUUCCUUCCUGGAGAGGUUCAACCCCCAGACUCGUUAAGGAUGUAAUAAUUUUCUGUCGCCAACAUCCCAAGUCGGAUUGUUUGCUUCUGUUGGAUCCGCUAGUAAGUAAAUAUUUUGCGAACAAUUUACCUUUCUUUAGAUGUAUCUUUUAA